UUUAGCUCCUAACCUGUUCUGCGAAUUUCGGUACACUUUGACACCACUCCCACGGGCAAAUCAUGUUCUUUUUAACCCUUGAUAUCAGACACUCCAAACCCACUUCUGCAGUUGACUCAGCACCAACUAGCAUAGCAAAAACCAUCCCAUUCACCUUCCAAUUUUUCCCAGAAAUCUGUAAUCUCUUGUAUCGUCUUCCAAUCAGAGAUUCCCAAUUUCCCAUCCAUUCUCUGGCUCACUUGCCGUGAAGAAUUAAAGUUAGCAGCCACGAUGUCAAGCUCCAAAAAUGGCGAAGGGGUCCACGUAUUGCUCAUCCCAUACCCAGCCCAAGGCCACAUUCUUGCCAUUCUCGACUUCACCCACCAGCUAGCCCUCCGAGGCAUAACAAUCACCGUUCUAAUCACCCCCAAAAACCUCCCAAUUCUCGACCCUCUCCUCUCCACCCACCCCUCAAUCCAAACUCUUCUCCUCCCUUUCCCGGCCGGCCACGCUCUCCUCCCCGCCGGCGUCGAGCACGUCAAGGACGUCGGGAACUGGGGCAAUGCCCCCAUCAUUAGCUCUCUUUCCAGGCUACGCGCCCCUGUGGUGGAGUGGUUCGGGUCACACCCCAAUCCCCCAACUGCGAUUAUACACGAUUUCUUCUCGGGUUGGGCGCAGGACGUGGCGCGGGAAAUUGGUGUGCCGGGGAUCUGUUUUAACAGCACUUCCGCUUUAUUGGUUUGUGUUCUUGAUUGUGCUUGGAAGAGGAUUAAAGGUUUGAAGGGUAUGGAGGUUGUUGGGUUUCCAGAGAUUCCGGAUUCUCCGAGAUUUGAGAGGGACCAUUUACCGUCAAUAAUGAAGAAUUACAAGGAAUCUGACCCUGAUUGGGAGGCUGUUAGGAGGGUCAUGGUUGGAAAUACUGGGAGCUGGGGGUUUGUGGUGAAUACAUUUGGUGGAUUGGAAGGGAAGUAUUUGGAGUGGUUGGAGAAGAAGAAGAAGGAGGAGGAGGAGAAUGGGAAUCCCAGACCUAGGGUUUUCUCUGUUGGGCCAUUGAGUUUGAUUGGUGUACCCUAUGGGGGUGGAGGUGAUCACAGGAGUUUGUUUUCAUGGCUGGAUGGGUGCCCUGAUGAAUCUGUGUUAUAUGUGGCCUUUGGGAGUCAGAAGUUGAUGAAGAAGCCCCAACUAGAGGCUCUUAGUAUAGGGCUUGAGAAUAGUGGGGUGCGGUUUGUGUUGGUGGUUAAAGAGCCCACAGUGGAACAAGUGGAGCAGGGCUAUGGGUCCAUUCCGGUUGGGUUCGAGGACCGAGUCACCGGAAGAGGCCUCGUGAUAAGGGGUUGGGCCCCACAAGUGGAGAUACUAAGUCACCGAGCCGUGGGUGGAUUUUUAAGUCAUUGUGGAUGGAAUUCGACGUUAGAAGCAAUAGCGGCCGGUGUGCUAAUAUUGGGCUGGCCAAUGGAGGCAGAUCAAUAUGUGAAUGUGAGGUUGUUAGUGGAUGAGUUGGAGGUUUCGGUCCGUGUGUCCGAGGGUGCAGACACGGUUCCCGACAUAACCGAGUUGGCCAGGAUAAUUAGUGAGUCAAUGAAUGGGCAUAUUGCGGAGAAAGUGAGAGCAAAGGAGUUGAGAGAUAAAGCGUGUGAUGCAGUUAAGGUUGGUGGGAGCUCGAUUAAAGCUUUGGAUGAGCUUGUGGAACAGCUAUCCCAACUUAAUUCACCUUCCAAAUAAUGUACUCUACGUACACAAAUAAUAUACUUUUAGUAUAUUAAAAAUGUACUUUUAUUUAUGAUUUACACAGUUGUGUGGACCAUGGUCCAUGUAAUAAUGAUUGCUUCUGUACUGUUUUUCCUAAAAUCUCAUUGUACCACAGUCAACUCUCAAA